ACCUAUCUCAUAGGCUGUACUGCCAAGGCAUUAAGGAUCGGUCAGAUACAGUACCUUGUUAAAAUGAAGUGUUCGACAGCCUGUUGUCGCCGCAAGUCUGACGAUCUUAAAGACGAUGAUGGCGAGGAAAACACAGAGCGAGGAAACUGGUCCGGCAAAGCUGAUUUCUUUCUGUCGAGUUUCGGUUAUGCAGUAGGAUUAGGAAACAUUUGGAGAUUCCCAUAUUUGUGCUACAAGAAUGGGGGAGGUGCCUUUCUUAUUCCAUACGGGUUCUUUCUACUAAUGCUGGGCUGGCCGUUAUUCUUACUCGAAGUUGUGCUUGGUCAGUUCUCCAGCCGCAGUCCAAUACCAGCAUGGAAUAUAAGUCCACUAUUCAAAGGAGUUGGUUGCAGUAUGAUAGUGAUUACAUGUAUAGUUGCAAUAUACUACAAUGUGAUUCUUGCCUGGACGCUUUUCUACCUUGGGAAGUCCUUAAGCGCAGAACUACCAUGGACAUCGUGCAACAACACGUGGAACAGUGGCGCAUGCGUAGUACGUAAUAACACAAAUACGUGGUUAUUCGACACCCCACAGAAUCUGACCAAAGAGACGCAGAAUUACAUCAGUAUGAAUAUGUCGGGGGAAGAGUGGGGUUCCACCGUCAAUAGCACCAACAGUUCGAUGGAUUUUCUCACAAAGAGAUUCUCACCAAGUGAAGAAUUUUGGGAUCGAUAUGUUCUCCAAAUCACCAGCGGAAUCGACACCAUGGGCGAGAUUAGAUGGGAGCUAUUUGCUUGCUAUGUCGUCACAUGGGUCGCCACAUGUGUCUGCAUAAUGGGAGGCAUCAAAUUAUCGGGAAAGGUCGUAUACGUCACAGCAAUCGCCCCGGUCGUAAUACAAAUGGUGAUGCUCUGCCGAGGUGUAACCUUACCAGGAGCUAUAGAAGGAAUCAAACUAUACAUUAUUCCGAAAUGGGAAAAACUUCUUGAUAUUCAGGUAUGGAGUGAUGCAGCCUUCCAGAUCGCAUUUUCCAACGGGGCAGGGUGGGGCGGCAUACUCACAAUGGCCAGCUACAACAAAUUCCAUAAGGACUGCUACAAGGAGGCGCUUGCAAUUUCGUCAAUGGGCAGCGUCUUCAGUAUUUUCAGCGGCUUCGUAGUAUUUUCUAUAAUUGGAUACGUGGCACAUGAAGUUGGUGCGACAAAUCCGGAAGAUGUCGUCAACAGUGGUCCUGGUUUGAUCUUCGUGGUGUACCCCGCAGCCCUGGCGAAAAUGCCUGUUGGUCAGCUGUGGUCCUUUCUCUUCUUCCUAAUGAUGUUCUUGGUGGGACUCGAUAGCCAGUUUGGAAACCUGGAAACAAUACUCACGGCCAUCGUCGACUUCAACCCCCGUUACCUAAGCGGGCGCUUGAGACGAAUGCUAUUGGGCGCAGUGACCUGUUUGAUCCUCUGCAUCUGUGGUGUACCAUGCAUUAUGCAGGGUGGUAUGUACGUCCUACACCUGAUUGAUUGGUACUGCGCCACAUACUGUGUGCUUCUCAUAUACAUCUCAGAACUCCUAGUCAUAUCAUGGAUUUAUGGCCUUCAACAGAUCUUCAAAGAUAUUGAACUGAUGAUUGGUUAUCCGCCACAUUUUAUAUGGAAAGUCAUGUGGGGAGGCGUCACACCCACAUUAGCAGUGUUUAUGUUCCUGCAAGGUGUAAUCCAGCACACACCAAUUUGUUAUGCAACUUAUACCUAUCCCCAGUGGGCGAUUGCGGUCGGAUGGAUGCUGGCUGCCUUAUCAUUUUUACCGAUGCCAAUUUUCGUGGUGAAAGUUUUGCUUUCUACUAAAGGGAGUUUCAAACAGAGGGUGGUCGACUCUGUUCAACCUGCGCCAGAGUGGGGGCCAGCAUUACCUGCCCACAGGGAAUUGUUUAUUGCUACCCUGAGUGGCUCGAGAAGGAGAAGGAUUCGGCCGUAUAUCAACGACACCAUCGGAUUUGGAGAGAAUGGUACAGCUCUGGUGAAGAUCGCCUAAUCAAAAGACUUGCUAAAAUGUAUGACAACUCGGCAAAGGUGAUACGUUACACUUCAGCGCAUUCAUUGGGGAUAUGAAUAAAGGCAAGAAAAUGCUUUUACUUCUAUUUUCUACAGAAAGGCCUUGUGUGAAUGUACAUAGAAUCUUAGAUAAAAGCAUUUGCUUGUUUUUAUUCAUAUCACCCAUGGGUUGCUCCCGGCCGGAAAGUACUUCAAAUUGAACAAGCCUUUCAAUGCGGAGUAUUUCACGACGCAGACAAUCCAAUUCGGCGUGAUCAUCAUUUAAGACUGUGCAUGUCCAUGAUUCACCAACUGCCGGUGCAGGAUGGGAGAUCAGAGAUCAUCAUGUUCGAAAAUCUUGGUCUGUGAAUGAACGAAGCUAAAUGAAUUAAAAAAGCAAAAUGUAUCGUGUUGUAACUUUUACUAAUAAUAAAGCUUAGCCGUAUACACUGUGUGUGAUCAUUAAUGAAUUCUUAAAGGUCUCCAAAUGGAGAAAACUGCCACUGCAAACGCAAAUACCGAGAACAUACUUCUUAAGCUGCCCGAUGCCUUUGUCGACUCGGCUUUUGCCUUUUCCGCCUCCAGCAGAUGCCGUUUCAACGCUCCAUUCUCCGUCUUUAACUCUGCAAUAGUACGGUCAUAUUUUGUUCUCGCCUCUACCCUUUCACGUUCCAAAUCAACUUCUGAUUCAAGCUCACUAGCUUCAAGUUUCCGCUUGUAUUCGUCGACUAAUUUUGUCAACCGCUCCUUUUCUUUACAAUAAUUUUCGUGUUCUUCUUCGGCACGGACUUUCUCGUGCUCGUGUUGUUGUUUUGUCGCCACUAACUCCUCAACAACAACUUUCACUUCGCCCUCAAGUUUCUCCUUUUCUUCUUCCAUCAGUCGUUUCUCAUCAUUUAAGACUUCCAAAACUGACCUUGAAAUAAUCCCUUCGGAAAACAGUUCAAUGGAUAGCUUGUUGUUGGCCUGUUGUGCGGCGUUAAGUUCGUAUGUGAGACUGGCAACCUAUAUGUGGAAGAAAGGUGAAAAUGCACUUGGGUUCGAAACUGAAUGCAGGCUCUACUGUUUUAAACUGCCAGUUUGCUGCUGUUGUUUAUGCUGAAAUGUUUGCAACUGUUAAGGCGUUUUCCAUUUUUCGAUACUUUUUCACCCGAUAUCGUUGGUCAGUGACCAAACUAAACACGUACACUGUUGAUACACCUGUUGUACUUGUUUUUAAAUUCUCAAGACGGUGUUCUACUGAUGUCUUGCGUGACUGAUGCUGACAAAACGGGAGCAAAAAUCCUACGUUACACCAACCUCAUUUGAUUCUGAAUAUAAUGGGUCGAUUGAUGUUUCAUUGGUGACAUGAUACUUAACAGCAAAAAAUACAUAAGCGAGCCUUAUAUAUUUUUAAAUGUUUUUUGCUCAUGCUAAAGCUAACGCAGGAAAGGAUUUCAAACAAACUUUAAAAAAAGUUAAUGUCAGCUUCUUGCACAUGCAGCUUUUAUUUGUUUAAUCUACAUGACUGUGUAUAACUACGGUGGCUUGACAUGAUUUUUUUUUCAGGAAAUAUCUCGAUCGAUGGACUCAUUGUCUCGAGCGAUCAAGAUAAUAUCUCGAGCGAUCGAGAAAGUAAGUCCAUCGAACGAUAUAUUUUUUCCUGAAAAUAACGUUCAUGUUGAAAAAAAAUUCUGUGAUGUCCUUUCCCAGCCAUCGUAUGUCCACAUUCACUAACAAGGAGAGAUUGAUGUUUAGGGCUGUUGUCGACUUGUAUAAGUUGUAUCGGUUUCAUGUCCCUUAUAAGUACUACAAAAAAACUAA